AUGUCUGAGCUCAAAGAUCCCCUUGAUUUGGCCGAGACUGGAGAUUUGUCCAAGUUCUCAAAGCUUGAAGCUACACUUGUGCACACUGAGGUGGAGCGGCGACCAAAUUCAAUAUCACAAGACCGUGUAAAUCGCCAUGCUGAGACUUCAGAUCUGGUUGUCAACGAGCUGGAUUUUGAUUUCGACCUUGCCACAGACCAUUAUCCACUAGCUGAUCUCAGAUCUCUCCAGCAAGUCUUUGAUGCUGUGCAAUACCAUCAGCAUUUGGAACGGGAGGAGAACUUUUCCCUUGCGACUCGCGUGGAAUGCUUCAAAGUUGAUUCGCAGGGAGGAGAAUGGCGAACACUUGACGAGACCAACAUGGACCAACUUUUACAGAACUUCCGGCUAAACAUCUACAAGUCCUAUGCUAUAAGCCCCGUAUUCCCAACAAUUAAACCCUUUCCUGGUCGUAAUAUGCUCGUUUUCUUCGCACCCUUAGUGCCUACCGAGGGUACUUCAUACGGCUCGCGCAUCCUAAUGACCCAAAGAAAUGCGAAGCAGCUCCUCGAGACACUACAAGUCAAUCCUUUGUUUAUGCUGAACAUGAUUGGUCGGCCAGAUUACUGGGCCCCUCAGGCGCAUUGGGAAGUAGAUGAUAAAGGGGGGUUGCUAGCUUGCGAUCUUUUUUGCCAACAUCCUCGUUGGAACCUCCAAGCUCAGGGAGCUCCGCUAUCUGUUUACGUGCGCCACGACGUUAUUCGGAACUUGACGAUAUACAUCAUCUCGCAUAAAGAGCUUGAUACCUCCAUCACCACACUCAAAUCUAUACUGAACAUUGCACUCAAUGUUACUUCCGCAGUUAACAAACCAGCUGUCUUCUCGGAUGAUCCAUUUGACAUCCACGCUAUUCUCUCCACAUUAUCCUUCGAAUCUUCUAAAUUCCAUGUCAAGCGUUUCCAGCGGUUCAUGUGGAAGCAGAUGAACAAAGUUGAGGACCACCUCAUGGGCCUCGAGAUUAGCGAUCGCGCUAAACUUGGAGACUUAACAAAGCAACUCCAAAUCAUGUCCUCAAAUGCAGAUUCACAUAUUGCCAAUGCCGAUGUGGCAAUAAUCACGGCCAAAGCCAUUCGAAAUGCCCACUCACGUCUCAUCAAGUCGCUCCCUCAAUCCAACCCAUUUACAAACCAGCGAGCCGAUGAUUCCAUAUCCUAUAUCAUUUCCUCCAUGGAGAAACAGAGAAUUUGGUUCGUAAACUACAAGCAGCGCAAAGACAGCGCCAUGUCCCUGGUCUACAAUCUCGUGACCCAGCAAGACGCCAUCAAUAACAUCCAGAUCGCUCAUAGCAUGAAGCAAGACUCUACAUCCAUGAAUGCAAUCGCUGCCCUGACAAUGAUCUUUCUGCCAGGUACCUUUGCAGGCACCGUGGUUGGUGCGGGAGUUUUUGGGGGUGCCAUCAGAGAGACGUACCGCUUACAAUAG